UUUACCAUGUCCACAGAUAAAGAACAAGUUAAAGCAGAAUAUUCAAAUAUCACUACUAUGAUGGACUUUGUUCUUUUGGGGUUUUCUGAUACUCCUAGUCUCCAGCGGACUCUUUUUGGUAUAUUUUUACUCAUAUAUUUGACUAUCUUGAUGUGCAAUAGUUUCAUAAUAAUAAUUACAAAAAUAGACUCUGAUCUCCACACACCCAUGUAUUUUUUCCUGGGCAAUUUUUCCUUUUUGGAAAUCUGUUAUGUAUCAGUAACUAUCCCAAGAAUGCUCAUGGAUCUUUGGACUCAGAAAGGUCAUAUUUCUUUUCUUGCCUGUGCUGUACAGAUGGUUUUUGUCCUGAUGCUUGGAGGCACAGAGUGUGUCCUCCUGGCAGUGAUGGCCUACGACCGCUAUGUGGCCAUUUGUAACCCUCUCCAUUAUGCUCUAGUGAUGAACCACAAGGUCUGCAUCCAGCUGGUGGCUGCCUCGUGGAUCAGUACAGUUCCAGUUGUAAUGGGGCAAACAUGGAAGACUUUCUCUUUGCCGUUUUGUGCAUCUCACUCAAUCAAUCACUUCUUCUGUGAUGUGCCACCAAUACUCAAGCUUGCUUGUGGUGACACAGUUGUGAAUGAGACAGCAGUCAUGGUAGUUGCAGAUAGUUCGAUGUUUGUCAUGGUUCCAUUUGUGUUGAUUGUUUUCUCCUAUGGCAAAAUCAUCUCCAACAUUCUGAAAUUGUCAUCAGCUGGAGGGAGGUCUAAAGCCUUCUCUACCUGCUCUUCUCACCUGACAGUUGUAGUAUUAUUCUAUGGAACAGGUAUUAUCACUUAUUUACAACCCAAAUCGAACCAGUCUGAGGAAAUGAGGAAACUAAUCUCUCUUUUCUACACCAUUUUUAUCCCAGCUUUGAAUCCCAUCAUAUAUACUCUGAGGAACAAAGAUAUCAUGAAGGCACUGAGAAAACUACUAGCUAAAUUGUUACCAUGA